UUUCAUUCCUAAUUACUUCCACGGUUAAAACAAGUUGGUUCGAAAUAUUCAGAUGAUAAGAAUUCCACCAGUAUUGAUACUCUUCUUCAAAAGAUCCAGACAGAGUCGUGAUGAGCUCGGUAGGUGGUCUGGACUUACCAGAAGUUCCUUAUAGGCAAAUGGAUGACGAAAUGAAGGAAUUGGAUAGAGAAGUUGGCGUUGAAGUUGUUGUUCUCUAUGAGGAUUCAAUCAUGAAGGAAGUCUCCUUGAGCAACCCGAAAAACGCUGGGCCACGUUUCUGGGAGAUUCCAGAACAGAUGUGAUGAUCAAGGUCACCCACUGUGUGCUAUAAGCUUUGUAAAUAAUAGGAC